CAAACGACGGAGUUAGGUUAUGUUGUUGGUGGCAGCUUUUUUAAAGCCGGGUAACAGUGUUAGCUGCUUCAGCAAAAUAACUGCCCACCUCUACCAAAAACCGUCUGGUAUAGGUUAUCAAACUAGUUUUAUUAAUGGGAUUGGAGAUCCAUUUAAAGAAACCUUUUCAAACUGAUCAUUAGUUUAGUUAUAUUAGUUCAAGUAAUAAUGUUUGUACAAACAAGUUAUUUCCGUUGUACCUUGAUUUUAAUUUUAAGUUUCUGCUAUGUACACAGUGCAAGAAUAUUGGGGGUGUUUCAGUACCCUUCAAUAAGUCACCAGGUUGUUUUUCAACAAAUUUGGAGGGAACUUUCGUUAAGGGGACAUGAUGUUGUAGUUGUAACUCCAAACCCGCUAAACGACCCAAAAUUGGUAAAUUUGACAGAAAUUGAUGUUGGAAGCAUAAAAAAUUUAAUCAGUGCCGGCGAUGAUCUUCAGUCCAGCAUGUCUAAAGAUUCACCCACACCCCAAAUAAUGAAGGCCUUUUACGACACAUCACUUGUUCUACAAGACGCCAUAUUUAAAGACAAACAAUUCAAUGCAAUUUAUAACAAUUCCAAAGAAAAGUUCGAUUUAGUCAUGGUUGAAUCACAUCAUCCUGGAAUGUACAGUUUGGCUGGAAGAUUUGAUUGUCCAUCAAUAGGAAUCUCUUCAUUAGGAGUGGUAAUCCCCAUCCAUGGUUCUGUAGGAAAUACGAACCACCCUGUUUUAUACCCCGACAUGAAUCUCCCAGUUCACUCCAACUUGAACGUCUUCCAGAAAAUUUACAGUAUUUACAACUCCAUUUUUUUGAACAUUUACUACGACAACUGGGUUAUGAAACAAUCAGAUGAAAUCGCUAGGAAAUAUUUGGGAAAUGAUAUUCCUUACUUAGGAGAUUUGGCGAAUAAUGUCAGCUUUUUGCUAAUUAAUACCAACCACAUCAUCCACACCAUAAGACCACAUGUUCCUAAAAUUAUACAGAUGGGACAAAUGCAUAUUAGGAAACCAAAACCACUACCAACUGAGCUAAAAACAUUGUUGGACAAUGCUAAAAACGGUGUUAUAUACUUCAGUCUUGGUUCAAAUGUAAAAAGUGUUAAUAUAGACAAAAACUUGCAAAAAAUAUUUCUGGAAACCAUGGCCGAUUUACCUUACACCGUUUUAUGGAAAUGGGAAGCCGAUGCUUUGGAGAAUAAGCCCAAUAAUGUAAUUACUAGAAAAUGGUUCCCCCAACAGGACCUCUUAGCUCAUCCCAAUGUAAAAGCCUUUGUUACCCAGGGGGGUUUGCAAUCGAUUGAAGAAGCUAUUUCCAGAGAGGUACCCAUGGUGGGCCUACCAUUUAUUGGGGAUCAACCCAUGACCCUUAACAAAUUGUCUCAGGCUGGUGUAGCAUUAGUUCAUGACCCAGUAACAGUAACCAAAGAAGAACUCAAAUCGUCCAUAAUAAAAGUCGCUACAGAUCCCAGUUUUCGUAGAAACAUCCACAAGGCCAAAAUAGAGCUAGAAGAUCAGCCUGAAACAGGUCUGGAAAGGGCGGUAUGGUGGAUCGAGUACGCCAUCAGACACAAAGGAGCCCCCCACUUGAAAAGCCCCACAGCCGACGUGAAAUGGUGGGAAUUUAUAUUCCUGGACGUCAUUCUUGUAUUAUCUUUGGCCAUGUUUAUUUUCUUAAGGCUUGCAAAAUUCCUGUAUAACAUAUUAUCGUUUAUACCUAAAGAAAAACAAUACUAAAUUUAUUUCUUCCUGAUAAUCUAAGUUUAUUGUUAUAUAUAUACAUAUGUGUAUAUUUAAGUAUUGUAAAUAGUGCCAAAUGUAAAAAGUUGGUAUAAUUUUUCUAAAUGUUUAAUAUUAAAUAAAUUAUUAAUUUUUACUUGUUUCGUUUUUUAACGUAAGAAAGUUAUUCCACGUUAUUCCAAGCUCUUCAUAUAUACACGGUGUAUAUAUAAUACAUUCCUCUAAAAUCUGUAUAAUACAGAGUGGGCUAAUGAAAAGUUUGCACCCCGGUUUUCUCAGGUGUGUCUUAGUAAAACGCUUUUGAUUUUAGGGGGAUAAUUUAUUUUUAUAUUUUCAACACUUAAGCAUUAGUGGUGGUUACCCCUCAAAGUUAGGGUUACCAGAUUCUGUCAAAAAAAAUCGGGACA